UAGAAGCAAAUUUAGACAAACUAAGUGAACAGUUUAAAAAUUUCACGGGCGAAAAUUCGAAACGAUUUGAACAACCAUUUCAAACGUCUCUGAACCCAAUGAAAAAUUCUAAAAUGACUCUAGAAGAAACCGAUUUUGAUAGAUUUCAAGAAAACCGAAAUAAGUUUUGCCCGAGCCCGAGUUAUUUAAGAAGCCCGAACGGGUUUUCAGGUCGAGGACACGACUCGUUCUUCAUUCAUCCCGAAGAUAAGUUAACCGAGAAAGGUCUCGCGUCAUCGUGGAAUCGACCCAGAAAUAAUUUAUACGACGAUAACUCGUUCGGAUAUCCUCACGACUCAAUUUCGGAUUUCGAUUUGAAUCAACGAAGCUCAACACCCUUCAACGGAAAUAUUUCGUCAAAUGAUUUCUCAAUAAGAAGUUCUGAUAAUUCGGCGAUGAACGCGCCUUAUAGAUCAAGUGCCAUUGCCUUGCCAUCGCCAAGAUCAACUAGAAAAGCUUCCAACACUGAUAAAAAACAACCAGUAUUUUCAUAUUUAAACAGUUACGCUUUCACGAAGCCGACUUUAAAAAAAGCACCGAAAGAAGAUGAUGAUUUCGGUUUCUACGUUGACCAGAGUUUUGUGAAUGAUGGUUUCAAUUAUAACCGGGCUAGUUAUGCUGGAUAUGAUAAAUGUGCUGGUUUGAAACUAACAGGCGAAAUUGACCAUGAGAACCAACAUUAUGGUUCUAAGAUUGGUCAAAGAGUGAACAAUAAUAAUUUCAAAAUGGAAGACGUGAAUGCGACCCCUGCCUUUUCGGAUAUUGACUCGAGUGUGAGCACCCCUCAAAGUAUGAACCCACAAAUACAGACAGCCGAUGAUCAACAACACCAUCAAACAAAUCAACAACCAGCACCACCAGGUUUUCCACAAGUGCCCUUACACAGCCCACAACCUGUUACCCAAGCGAAUCUUCAGCAGCUGAACCAAAUGCACAUUCUGCAGGAACAACAACAACAACAACAAUUAUCCCAUCAGCAAGCUAGUGUCGCUGCUAACACAGCCCAAAUUGACCAAUCACAAGCUUCGCAGCAGAGACAUGACGCUAUAGCGUCGACCAAUCAGCAUUCAGAGUCAGGAGUUGACACUUCUUCAAUUGACGAAGGGUUUCACCAAGCCGUUUUGGAGUUGGAACGUAAAAAGAUGGAACAAACCAAAGUCAAACCACCCCUGGAAAAAGAUUUACCUGGAGAUUUCCAAUCAGCUCUCAAAAAUUUUGGUGAGCCAAUUAAAUUUGGCAAUACGCAAAACAAGUUCAACACUAAAUCACCAUCUAACGAAUCUUUGCAAUUUCGACCAAUCAAAAUGAGCGAAGAGAAACUGAAACGACUUGAAACGAAAUCUUGUGAAAACUUGGACCAGGUUGGCAACGAUUCAGAAGAUUUGGAAAAACACCCGCAAAACUACGACGAAGCUAGGCAAAAAUACGGAUUGGCUGUUGCAAUGAAACGCCGUACCAACGUACCGGAACCCAUUCAAGCAAAUCAGAGUUUACAAGAGGCAGGCUUGGAGACACAGAAAAGUCCAGUUGACUACAAAGAUGCCCGGAAUCGUUUCGGAGAAGCAGUAAAAAUGAAGCAAGUUCCAGGGACACCUCCGAACCAGGAGUUGAAAGCUAACGGAUCCUCUGAAAUCCUAAUGCCUUCAUUGAGAGCAACACCGAAACCAGAACCAGGGACCCCGCCUAACCAGGAACCAAAAAGUUCCGAGUAUGCCAUGCCGACCCUGCGGGCAACUCCAAAACCAGACCCGGGAACCCAGAUCAACCAGGAGUCUAAAAGUUACGAGUAUGCGAUGCCGACGUUAAGAGCUACUCCCAAGCCUGAAGUCCCUCCUAAUAUAGAAUCAAAGGGAUCCGAGAUUGCCAUGCCAACGUUAAGGGCAAUUCCAAAACCAGAACCCGGAUGUCAGGCAAAUAUAGAUAGCGCAGGAUCCGAGUAUGCUAUGCCGACCUUGAGGACAACCCCCAAACCAGAGCCUGGAUUCCAAACCAGUCAAGAAUCUAAGAGCUCUGAAAUUGCAUUGCCAACGUUGAGAGCGACGCCAAAACCAGGAUCAUUGAACGUUACUGAAGAUGGUGAGGUGUCAGAUGAUCCGAAAGUAAGAACCCCAGUUGAUUUCGAAGAUGCUGCGAAACGAUUCGGUGAACCCUUGAAGAGAGCGAUUCCUAAAUUCGAACCUACAAACGCGAAUGCUCAAGUUUCGAAAUCAGAAGAAUCAACGCCGUUCAGUAAAGAAAUAUUAAGACCCACGGGUAGUGCUAAAACUCAGACUGAGAUCGAUGAUGCCCAGAAACAACCCGGAAAUCAACCCUUGCCGAAGAACUACCAACAAGCAAGAAAACUUUUUGAAGCGACUCCUGAAAAAGUAUCAGAACAAUCGAACAACGGAAACGGACAAAGCUCCUCGAAGUUAGAUUCGGCUCAGCCGAACGCCCCAGCCAAUAUUUAUUUGCCCGGAUACCAGCAUAAACUAACUUGGGGUGAUGCUAGCGGAAUGAAAAACCCUCCCAAAGCAUACCAAAAUCCCAAUUUUGAUGUUAAUGCAGCUGAACAACAAAACUUUAGUCAGAUAAACUCGACUGCUGAACAACAAGUUUUUCAACCUCAAACUAUUGAUGCUUUGCGUGAACAAACUGUUUCAGCUUCGAGUGGUGGUGAAAUUACUAACCAGGCGUCUGAAAUACCAGAAGCUAUUACUAACUUAUCCGAGGCGGAGAAAAAUGAGUUGAUCAAUGCGUUUCUCCAGAAAGAGAGCGAGAUUCAAAGCAUGCGCAAUAUUCAAACAAGCCCAGUCGGUUCUCCCUACUCGGCAUUGAGAGGUGCACUGGGCCUAAAACCCAAAUCAGCCUACCAGCAUCAACAACAGCCAGAACCAAGUGUCCAACAAUACGGAAUAGUCCAGACUAAUAACCAAGCUCAUCAGGGGAUGACUUCGAUUAGUAACAACAAUAGAUUUAGAUCGAAGCCAGAAGAAGUUGGCAAGCAAUCGGGGAUGAGUAAAAGUGCUGCACUCCGAAUGUUCUAUUCGCUCCCGCCACCCGAAACAGAUGACUGAAAACCAGAGGAUUCCGAGGAUGAGCUGAAGGAAAAAUAGUUUGAUGAAUUGACCCUUUGUGAGCUUGCAAAGGAGCAAUUGAACGUCUGAGACCUGUCAAAGAAAGACGCAUACAUUCGAUGCUUUUCUAUUUAUAUUUCACGGCCUAAUUUGAAUUCAUUAAUUU